ACGAGCUCAAGCAUAAAGGCAUCACUGGGAGUUUGGCUAGGUCAGUGGUUUCCAGGCAGGCACGUUGAUAGGAUGCUACGAGUUUGUCGAGAUUAGUGUAAUUGCUGUUACAGGACAAAUCUUACCAGAUAAGAAAAUAAACAUUCCGGGAUAUGUUUGGCGAAGUCCUGGCAUGGGUCGUGGAGAGCCUGGGGUUUGCGGGGUCGUGCCUGCUUGCCCUGGUCGUCCUCCUGAUUUUUUUCCUUCCCGGUGGUCGUCCGAAAAACUUCCCACCAGGUUUGCCGAUGCUGCCGCUAAUAGGUUCUAUGCCAUUUACGAAAGGAACAAUCUCGCGGUCUUUCAUUAACUCCUUGAGGAAGAAAUACGGAGAUCUGGCAAGUUUCGCUAUUCUUAAUUCAAGGAUAGUUUUGGUCAGCAACCUGAAGACCAUCAAGGAGGUGUUCUCGCAGGCGAAGGCAUCUGGACGCCCAGAGAUGUUUAUCAUAAGCUUCAGGAAUAACUUACUCACUGACGGCAGACACUCAGCCCUCGGUAUUCUUGGCUCGUCGGGAGAGCUGUGGCACGAGCAGAGGCGCUUCGCCCUGCGCCAUCUGAGGGACUUGGGCUUCGGCAAGACCAGCCUCGAGCCGCUCAUGAUCCUCGAAGUCAACGAGCUGAUGGACCACAUCGCGCAAAAGAAAGAUGAGCCGAUUGUCAUGCAGCGCUUCUUCAACCGGUCAAUCAUCAACGUGAUCUGGGCGAUGGUUAUGGGCAAGAGGUACUCCUACGGCGACGCCAAAAUGGCCACACUCCUGAAGACGUUCAUCGCUCCGGCCGACAUCAACUUCCUCUCUCCUCUCCACUUCAUUCCUGGGGCGAAAAAGUUAGCUUCCUUCAUACCCAUACUAAAACAAGACGUUAAGCCAUUAAAGAACGUUACAAAAUUCAUCAAGGCCGAGUUGGAAGAAUUCCAGCGUGACGAAACGGCGAAGAAAAGCGACUGUCUGACGGCUUUGUACCUGCGAGAGAUUGAGGAGCACAAGGACAAGCCCUCAUUCUUCCACUUUGAUCAGCUAGUGGCAGUGAUUUUCGAAAUGUUUGUUGCCGGAAGCGAGACCACAUCGAGCACACUGUCCAUGGCGGUGUACUUGCUCGCCAAACACCCGGAGGUCCAAAAGCGUGUCCAUGAGGAACUGGACAGGGUGGUGGACAGGGACCAGCUGCCGUCCUUCUCUCAUAUGGACCAGUUGCCAUACACGCUGGCUACCAUACACGAAGUGCAAAGGACAUUCAAACUCUUACCUUUCAGUCUCCCGCACUCAGUGGUACAGGAUAUCACGAUCAAUGGUUACAACAUCCCUAAAG